CAUAUGAAUUAUUAACAUAUUAAUUAUACACAUAUUACAAUAAUUAAAACAGUUUAAAAUGCUACCAUACUUUAAUUUUUAUUUUUUCCUUGUAUCUUUUUUUUAUUUUUUCAGGUUAAAUAAAAAAUCAAAAACUUAAAUCUAUUCUGUUUUUAGAGAAUAAUAAUAAUAAUAAAAUUUAGGUUUAUACUUUUUAUUUCAAAAUAAAUAAGUUUAUAAUAAUACUUCAUACUAAAAAUAACUUUUAUAAAAAAAUAAUAAUUUUAAAAUCCAAACAUUAUAAAAUAAAUUAUAUUUUUUUUUAUUAUAAUUAUUUUAUUUAUUUAUGGAUCUUUAAAUAUUAUUUAUUAUUUUUUAUUUAAUAAUUUAGAUAUUGGAAUACUUAUAAAUACUAUAUGAAAACAUGGGUUUGGAUGGAGAAUCAAAAAAUUCACAUCAGCUAUAUGUGGCUCCAACUGAAGGUAUAUUAGUAGAAAAUGCAGAAAGUUUAAGCGACACUAUAUCAUAUCCAAGUAAUAAUGAAAUAUCAUCAUCAAAUGUUGACCUUAUUGUAGAGAAUGAGAAUAUAGAGCAGGUUUCAGAUUCAAAAUUCCCUCCAUCUAUUAAAUAUAUUUUGGGUAAUGAAAUUUGUGAAAGAUAUUCAUAUUAUGCAUUAAGAUCUAUUUUAACCAACUACUUGAUUAAUUUUAUGGGUUAUUCGAGUAAAAAUGCUUCAUCCAUUGGUCAUGGUUUUAACGCAGGUGCUUAUAUUUUCACAUUGGUUGGUGCUUAUAUUUCAGAUGGUGUUUUAGGUAAAUACAAAACAAUUUUGUAUUUUAGUAUUUUGUAUUGUAUUGGAGCAGCUAUAUUUGCAAUAACAGCAAUACCCGGUGUAACAGGUAGUGGACCAGGAGAUAGAUCUCCUUGGGGAGUAAUUAUAGGUUUAGUAGGUAUUGCAAUUGGUACAGGUGGAAUUAAACCAGUUGUUUCAGCAUUUUGUGGAGACCAGUUUGGACCCCAUCAAAAAAAGCUAUUAGCCAAUCUUUUUCAAGUAUUUUAUUGGUGUGUUAAUUUGGGUUCAUUCUUUUCUACAAUUAUAUCACCAAUUUUAAGAACUAAUGUAGGCUAUUGGUGUGCUUUUAUUGUACCAUCAGUCAUUUUAGUUAUUGCAAUUAUUGUUUUUGUUUUAGGAAACAAUAAAUACGUAAAGAAUGAACCACAGGGCUCAAUACUAAAAGAUUGUGUUAAUAUAUUUGGAUAUGCAUUAAAAGAAAGAAUAAAAAAACUAAUUCAGGGUAAAAAAUAUAAUGACUCUUAUUAUACAGGAAGUUUUUAUGAUAGAGCCAAAGCAAAAUAUGAUCCAAGAACAGUAGAACAACUAAAGUUGGUAGCUAGAGUUUUAAUUAUAUUUAUUCCUCUUCCAUUUUUUUGGUCACUUUUUGAUCAGACAGGAACUCGUUGGACUAUUCAAGCAAACUCAAUGAAUAGACAUUUAGGAAGUUGGAAAAUAGAUUCUGAAAUAAUAAAUUGUGUAAACCCCAUCCUAGUAAUGAUAUUUGUACCAAUCUUUGAAUAUGGGAUAUAUCGACCAUUAGAAAAAAGAAAUAUUAAUUUCUCUCUUCUUCGAAAGAUGGGUACUGGUAUGUUUUUAUCGGUAAUUGCCUUUUAUAUAUCUGCCAUAAUCCAAGUUAAAAUAGAUAAUAGCCCACCAGAAUCAGUUCACAUUACAUUACAACUCCCACAAUAUGUAGUUUUAACAGCAGCAGAGGUUCUUUUAUCAAUUACCGGGUUAGAGUUUGCAUACAAAAACUCUCCACGUGCAAUGAAAUCAAUUGUUAUGGCUGGUUGGUUAAUCUGUGUAUCCAUAGGUAACAUUUUUGAUGCAUUUGUUAUUGAACUAAUUGAAUUACCAGAUUAUCAACUUUCACUAUUAUUUGGAUCGGUAAUGUUUGUAUUUAUAUUUAUAUUUAUUAUAGUUUCAUAUAGAUUCAAACCCAUUGAACAAAAAACUCUCGAUGAACUAAAUGGUGAUAUUCCAAGCAUCUAUGAUAACUAUAACAAAGAAAUAGAAAAUGCAACUCCAUUAAAUGACCUAACAUCAAGUGUAGACUCAAGUCAUAAUACAAAUAACAAAUAGUAAUUUAAAAAAAAACAAAAAAAAAAAAUAAAAAAAAAUAAAAAUAAAGAUUAAAGAUAUUU